CACACGUCGAACAGAAAUAUAAGUUUAUCUUACAGAGUGUUAUGGAGUGAAGAGGCCAGAGGAAGAGGAGCGCUCUCUUUCCUCUCUUUCCUCUUGUUGCUGCUGUAGUCUGUGCGGUGCUCACCGGGGGAGCCUGUGUCGUGGCUCAUGAGCGGCUCCGGCUCCAGCUCCAGCUCCGGUCUGAGCCCAUUGGCUGCGCUGAGGUCCCGACUCCAGACCGCCGAGGCGGGCAGCAGAGGACAGGGAAGCGCCGAGCCCGCGGACUAUUCGGUGGAAAUACAGAGAAACACCACAAAGCCGGGCGGAACUGGGACUACGACGUUUUUCUACUGGAUUAUUGGAUAAAAGCCCGAGAAACAGACACUUUUUGAUCGGGAAGUUUGAGCGGACCCGUGAUGUGGUGACGCGACUGCACCGAGCACUGGGAAGCUAGCGUUAGCUACUAGCUAACUACUCUAAGAAAACCACAACAGAUGAGACCUGUAGCAGCGUUUGCUGUCACUUUUAAGUAUUGCAAAUAAUACAGUUUAUGCAAACGGAAAGGAUCGCAUCAUGUUGUUUACUUUCCUACUAAGCAAAUCCUCUUUAAGAGUUGUUUGAUUUGAUGUGUGUAACUAGCAAACAUUAGCUAACUAGCUGGCUAGUAGCUAACCCUGACUAGCUGAACCUUUAAAACUGACUUCAAGCCAAAGAAUUCUGAUUCAAAUGUGCAAACAUUUGCGAUUAAAACUCUUUUACAGUGUAGUGCAAUUGUAUAGCAACGUGUGUGUGUGUUUUAGCUGCUUUCACUGAGCAGAGUUUUUAAACUAUCGUUUAAAGAGAAUAAAACUAUUUUCUUCUCAUCAGAUAUGCAAUCACCGAAUCACCAGCUUACUUGAUGCUAGCUUGCUAACGCAGUGUUAGCCGGCCAAACUUGGAUACUGCUGCCCCCUGCUCACUUUACGUGGGUUUCCCUUUGAGGCCUUUUGGAGUAACUCUUUUCACGGAAAAGCCUUAUGGAUACCAGCCUCUGAGUGGAAUCUGUAUUUCCUCUUCUGAGUUUUGACUGUGGAUGUAUCUGCGGUUUGAUUUACGACCUUGAUCGGCUUGAUUUGCAGUGGACAACAUUGGAACCGUCUUUUAAUCCAAGAUGAUGUGCGAGGUGAUGCCCACCAUCAGUGAGGCGGAGGGCCCGGGGCGGCGGGGGUCCGGGUCCCCUCUGCAGUCAGACUCUGAGGGGCACUUUGAGUCUCUGAUGGUGUCGAUGCUGGAGGAACGGGACCGACUGCUGGAGACGCUCAGAGAAACUCAGGAGAACCUGGGGCUGGCUCAGGGCAAACUGCACGAAGUCAGCCACGAGAGAGACUCACUACAGAGACAACUCAACACAGCACUACCACAGGAGUUUGCAGCCCUCACUAAAGAGCUGAACGUUUGUCGAGAGCAUCUUCUGGAGAAGGAGGAGGAGAUCGCAGAGCUCAAAGCCGAGAGGAACAACACACGGCUGUUGCUGGAGCACCUGGAGUGCCUGGUCUCUCGUCAUGAGCGCAGUCUGAGGAUGACGGUGGUGAAGAGGCAGGCCCAGAGUCCAGCCGGAGUCUCCAGUGAAGUGGAGGUGCUCAAGGCUCUAAAGUCCCUGUUUGAACACCACAAAGCCCUGGACGAGAAGGUGCGUGAGAGACUACGCGUCGCCUUGGAACGAUGUAGCGCAUUAGAAGAACAGUUAACCAUCUCACACAAAGAGUUGUCUUACCUCAGGGAACAGAACAAUAUAAAGCGAGGUCAGGCCGAUGGAACCAGCGAAGUCAACCACAGCGAGAGCAUCCCCAGCACCAACGGAAAGCGCGCGUCAGACGACUCUCUCAGUCAGGAGGAGGACAUAGCGCCCCCUGUGGUCGGUAAAGUGGGCGAGCUGCAGCAGGUGGUGGACAGGCAGACCGCCGACCUGGGGCAGAUGAAGGAGCGGAUGGCUGCGAUGGCGUCUCGGAUCAAUGAGCUGGAAGAGGAUCUGGACACGGCCAGAAAAGACCUCAUCAAGUCUGAGGACAUGAACACGAGACUCCAGAGGGACCUGAGAGAGUCGAUGGCGCAGAAGGACGACAUGGAGGAGAGGAUCACGACUCUGGAGAAGCGAUACCUGGCGGCUCAGAGAGAGGCCACAUCAGUCCACGACCUCAACGACAAACUGGAGAACGAAGUGGCCAACAAGGAUUCCCUCUUCAGACAGACUGAGGAUAGAAAUCGUCAGCUUCAGGAGAAACUAGAGUUGGCUGAACAGAAGCUGCAGCAGACGAUCCGAAAAGCAGAGACUCUCCCAGAGGUGGAGGCGGAGCUCGCUCAGAGAGUGGCGGCUCUUACCAAGGCGGAGGAGCGUCACGGGAACGUGGAGGAGCGGUUACGACAACUUGAGGCUCAACUGGAAGAGAAGAACCAGGAACUGCUCCGGGCGCGACAGAGAGAAAAGAUGAACGAGGAACACAACAAGCGCCUCUCUGAAACUGUGGACAAACUUUUAUCUGAGUCUAACGAGAGGCUACAGCUCCACCUAAAGGAGAGGAUGUCUGCACUGGAGGAGAAGAACUCCCUCAUUAGAGAACUAGAUCACACUAAGAAGUUGAUUGAGGAGUCGCACCAUGAAAAGGAACAGCUGCUGAUCCAGAUUGAAACCAUGAGAGCAGAAAGUGAACAGGACAGGAGCCGGAGCAACUCACUACUGCACGGGCGUCCCCAGUUGAGCUCCACUCCAGACUUCAGGUAUCCGGUGUCCGCGUCCUCGAUGGUGGACAGCGGCUCGGAGCUGUACAGCGGCGCUCUGGUGCUACGGCGACCGCAGAAAGGGAGAGCGGCCGCGCUACUAGAAGAGCCCUCCAAAGUGCAGACCCUGAACGAGCAGGAGUGGGAGCGCAUGCAGCAGGCGAACGUGCUGGCGAACGUAGCGCAGGCGUUUGAGAGCGACAUGGACGCGUCGGAUCUGGAGGAGGACAGGGACGCGCUCUUCAGCUCCGUGGACCUGCUCUCUCCGGCGGGACAGGCAGACGCUCAGACACUCGCGCUCAUGCUACAGGAGCAGCUCGACGCCAUCAACAACGAGAUCAGGAUGAUCCAGGAGGAGAAGGAGAGCACAGCGAUCCGUGCAGAGGAGAUCGAGUGCAGGGUGGGCAGUGGGGACAGUCUCGGGGGCAGGUUUAGGUCCAUGAGCUCCCUGCCUCCGUCUCUCUGUCCCGGCUCGUCUCUGGGCGGAUCUCCCCCGGGCUCUGGCAGCUCCACCCCUAGAAUGGUGUCCCGAAGCCCCCACCGCGAGAUGGACCGCAUGGGGGUCAUGACAUUGCCUAGUGACCUGCGCAAGCAUCGCAGGAAGUCUGCUCAGGAUGAUAAAGCCACUAUCCGCUGCGAGAGCUCUCCUCCUUCCACUCCUCGCUCCAUUCGUUUAAACAGAGAAACAGGACACGCCACCAGCCACGAAGACAUCAGGGACUUCAGAGGCCUGUCAAACCUCCAGGACGGUCAGGGCAGUAACCCCAGUAGCAGUAACAGCAGCCAGGACUCUCUGAACAAAGCCGCCAAAAAGAAAAGCAUCAAGUCUUCCAUCGGACGCCUGUUUGGGAAGAAGGAGAAGGGCCGACCCAGUGUCCCCGGGCGGGACUCCACCAGCCAGGCCGGGACUCCAGAAGCAGAGAGCUCUCCAAAGGACGGUUUAGGGAUGGGAACGUUGUCGGGAACCGCAGAGAAAACCAGAAAACUCCAGAAAAACCCAAAGACCGGACAUGAACUUCUGGAGGAGGCUCGCCGACAGGGACUGCCGUUCGCUCAGUGGGACGGACCGACUGUUGUGGUUUGGCUCGAGCUGUGGGUGGGGAUGCCCGCCUGGUACGUUGCCGCCUGCAGAGCCAACGUGAAGAGCGGCGCUAUAAUGUCCGCGCUAUCGGACACAGAAAUACAAAGAGAGAUCGGAAUCAGCAACCCACUGCAUCGCCUCAAACUACGACUCGCCAUUCAGGAAAUCAUGUCCCUGACCAGCCCCUCGGCCCCGCCCACCUCCAGAACGAGCACGGGCAACAUUUGGGUCACUCACGAAGAAAUGGAAACUCUGGCAGCGACUCCUCCCACGGAGGAUGACGAUGGUAGCUGGGCUCAGACUUUGGCGUACGGAGACAUGAACCACGAGUGGAUCGGUAACGAGUGGCUGCCCAGUCUGGGUCUGCCUCAGUAUCGCUCGUACUUCAUGGAGUCUCUGGUGGACGCCCGGAUGCUCGACCAUUUAACCAAAAAGGACCUGAGGGGACAGCUCAAGAUGGUCGACAGCUUCCACAGGAACAGUUUUCAGUGUGGGGUCAUGUGUUUGCGGAGGCUAAACUACGACAGGAAGGAGCUGGAGCGACGGAGAGAAGAGUGUCAGUUUGAUAUCAAAGACGUGCUGGUUUGGAGUAACGAGCGCGUCGUCAGCUGGGUGCAGGCCAUCGGUUUAAAGGAGUACAGUUCAAACUUGUGCGAGAGCGGAGUCCACGGAGCACUCAUGGCUCUAGACGAAACAUUUGACCACAACGCACUGGCACUACUGCUGCAGAUCCCCACACAGAACACACAGGCCAGAGCGACUUUGGAGCGUGAAUUCAACAGUCUCUUAGCGAUUGGCACGGAAAGGAGGAUGGAAGAGGACGACGAUAAGAACUUCCGGCGCGCUCCGUCGUGGAGGAAAAAGUUCCGGCCCAAAGACGUGAGGGGACUGGGGGCGUCGGACACUUUACCGGCCAACUUCAGAGUGACAGGUGCUGGGUCCCCCGCCCCUCAGCCAAAGAGAAGCCCUGUAGACGGGAGUCAGUCUAUACAGAGGCUGGACACUGCCACAGUCAGGACCUACUCUUGUUAACACAACGUUUAUCCUCAUUAUUUCUAUAGGUAACCGCUGGUCUGAAGAUGAAGGAGAUUUCCCUGCAUUUAAAACCAGAAUGAUGAACUGAAAUUAUUUUUUACACUAAAUUUAAAUCAGAAAAAAGACUGUAUUUCUCACCUCAAGCUUCCCUAUAGGAACCUUUAUAGUGUUGGUUAUAAUAUUUAUGUAAACCAAUGGGACGUUUUAACAGAUUUUUAGACCUAUGUAUAAUCUUUUUUACCUCGUUUUUUUUUUUUUUCUUAAUCAAAAAGAAACAUUUCCCUUCUGUGCCCUAAUAUUAAGCUUAAUAUAAAUAUAUAUAUAACUGAAUGUGUUAACCAAGUUUGUACAUUUCUACCAGAUCUGUCUAAUAAUCUUUUUAUAAUCCUGAUUCUAUGGAAAGAGAGGUUUAUUUUUCGCUAUAAUGGCAAAUUUAAUCAUGAAUUUAAAGUGACUUGUUCAAAUCUCUGUAUCUUUUAACCCUUUUUAUUUGUAAGUACUUUUUUUGUAAUUUCUCUAAAAUAAUAUACGGACAUUUCUAGGUCAAAAAACUGUGUUAGUAUCGAGCAGAAUUAUCACUGUGAGACUUUAUCGAGCUCUUGGGUCACUACGUUUACAUGCAAAAAUAAGACGAUAGAGAUUCAAACCACUGCUUAACUACUUUUUAACUUUACUUUUUUGUGAUCAUACCAUUUAAUUUAUCAGAUUUUUAUCAUGUAUCGCAUUAGAAACACAGCGACUUGAAAUUUCCACUGCCGCUUUCACAUAUAAAACUUUAACAGCAUCGUAAUAAGAUGGUAAAAGUGUAUUAUAAUACACGCAUCACGAAUUUCAGACUUCCGGUCAUUGCGCAAUUCAUACUGGGAAGGAUUUUCCGGA